GGUGUCACUCGCUCCGAGGCAGCUUCCGCGUUGUAGCGAUGAGCCACGCCGGGAUUGCGGCAUCUCGCUCCCUCUGGCAGCUACAUACGGCGGCCUGGAGGUUCCUCUCAGCUUCUGAGGGAACACAUGGGAUUAGGGCAUGCAGCUCAGGAAGGACCCUCAAAGGCAUCAACAGGGCAGUCACAGAUCGGAUUAUCCGCGUGGAUCAUGCAGGUGAAUAUGGAGCAAACCGCAUCUAUGCGGGGCAGAUGGCAGUGCUGGGUCGCAGCAGCGUGGGACCGCUCAUCCAGAAAAUGUGGGAUCAGGAGAAGGAUCACUUGAAAAAGUUCAAUGAGAUGAUGGUGGACUUCCGUGCCCGACCAACAGUUCUGUUGCCCUUAUGGAACGUGCUGGGCUUUGCUCUUGGUGCGGGGACAGCCCUGCUAGGGAAGGAGGGUGCCAUGGCCUGCACCGUGGCUGUGGAAGAGUCCAUUGCUCAGCACUAUAACAACCAGAUCAGGACACUGAUGGAGGAGGACCCUGAGAAAUACGAGGAGCUGCUGCAGGUGAUAAAGAAGUUUCGGGACGAAGAGCUGGAGCACCAUGACAUAGGCCUGGAGCAUGAUGCUGAGAUGGCUCCUGCGUAUGCUGUUCUGAAGCGAGUUAUCCAGGCAGGCUGCAGCGCAGCCAUCUAUCUGUCAGAAAGAUUUUAGACUCUCCAGCCCCUUCUGCCUGUGACAGCACAACGUAUGGCACUGAGAAGCACUCAAUAAACCCAGAGCACCUUUGUUCUCAA